AUGACGCGCGCAGGCUGCCCAGUCCAGUCCGGUCUUGAGCUAGCUCAAGGGAGACGUCAACCAGCCCUGCAACUGCAAAAGGAAGACCCUGGGCAUGCCCAUGAUGGCCAGUACAGCAAGACCCAUGGGACUGCUCAUGCUUUGAAGCCAAAGACUUCACUCCAAGAGCAUACUACGUUGCGAGCAAUACCAACUCAGAGUGCCCUGAGGAGGUCGAGGCGUUGUCGCAAACUCAGAGAGCAUAACCUUACGCUGUCGUGUGUGGUGUUGCGGUGGAUGGACUCCGUUGCGCGCCGUGGGUUGCUUUGGCUAUUGGGGAUGCGAGGCAGCAGCAUCAACAAGAGGCAAGUGGAGUUAGACGUGGCUUGGAGGUACCAGCUAAAACCUCUGGCUUGAAAGUUCUAGUGGCCUAGCUUUUUCUUAAAACUCAACUUACAUGCUCACAACAAUGCCCUCCAGCUCAAAAAAAGCCCUCUGCUAUUAACUUCCAUCACCUUAAGUGAUUCGUUUUCUCCCAAAAUACUGGGUAAAAGGAAUCUGUUCAUGCUUUGGA